AUGUACCGCACGGCGCCUCAGAUUCUUUUCCAGUUUCUGGGUGGCCUGAGCAUCACCCAGUACACCUACCCCAUCCUCUACGACGCCUUCACUGGCGCGAAGACCGGUGCCCACGCCACCACCAUCACCACGUCAAGCAGCAGCGGCAGCUUCUCGGGGCUGUGGGGCAGCGUGGGGUGGACCUUUCAGGCCCCCCCAGUAGAUCGCACCCUCACAGACGACAUCGAGGAACUCCUGCGCACCCACUGCUGGCUCGCGUCCGCAGUCCUGUCGUUCACGGUAGUCUCUGGCGGCGCGCCAGCGCUGCUAGGGAGCGGGCUCAGCGUGUACUGCAACGGCGGCCCCGAGGGCAAGGUCCGCUACUCUCAGCUGAAGCAGCGGCUUCGCAACUUCUCCGAGAAUGGCAAUCCCACAUAA